AUGCAUAGCGCAUGGCAACACGACCCAGGCUGCCAGAACCCAGUAGCGGCGGCGGAUGCCAUGGCGGUUGCGGCUGUUUCAUCACCGGCCGCCAGCCAGUCUGUGCGCUCCGUGUCCUCCACACGCUUUGACCCAAACAGUAGAGCUGGACGAGAUGGCAGUGCUGACGGCAAUGGCGAACGAGGAGGCCGGGCUGGAGGCCAUGGAGAAGGGAAUGAUGGAAAUUUUGGCCUGCAGCUAGGCUGCGAACGUGGCACGGUGGCGGCGGCGGCAGCGGCGCCUGCACUCAACGGUUUGACUCCUGGUAACGAGCCGGACUCCAAGCAGGCAGCACCGGGUGUAUUUACGAUGCCACACCCGACGGCGUCGCCGACGGCGGCGGUAGCUAUGGCCGCGGCGGCGGCGGUGGCCGUGAGGUCGCUGUCGCUGCCAGGAGCGGCCCCCACGUGCCCGGUGAUGGCGCCGCCGCUGCCGCUGAGGAGGAGGAGGCCCCCUUGGGGGCUGUUGAAGAAAUGGCCGGGCCGAAUCUGCAUGGACUUGGAUUUUGAUUGGAACUUCGUCCUGGGCCUACGUUUAGGCAGGGGUAGCUGCCCGGGCAAGCUUCCAGGACCGCAGAAGGGCGACACCUCCGCUGCCGCAGCCGCCGAAACGCUCGACAGCCUUGAUACGACCUCGACGCUGGCGCCUUGCUGCGUGCAUCAUAGCGCGGCACCGGCACUGCCAUUUCCCACGGCCAUUACCACCACCGCCACCUCUGUCGCCCAGGCCACGACGGGUCUUAUGGAAACCCUUGAUGUCCGUGUGAUGGAGCGGCUGUUGAGGGCAUCACGUUGCAGUGGCGGCGGCCGCGGCUCGGAAAGCGGCUUCGAUGAUUGCAACAGCACCCUCGGUGAAAGGACUGCUUUCGCCGGUGGCAGCGGCGUGGGCGGCCGACGGCAGCGGCAGUGCCUUGUUUGGCGGCAGCGUUCGGCCGCUAGCCAGGCGCGCCGCCGCGACUGCCAAAAAGGUUACCAUUGCAUUGGCGGCGAUGACGAAGGCGAAGGCGAAGGCGUCGCUGCCUGGGCACAGGCAAACGGACUGUGGACCGUGUUGCCAGCAAGACCUGGCUUAGGCUGCUCUUCAACCUUGCUGUCGGGUUUGGUCCCAUUCCCACCAGUAUGUGAGGGCCUGCUGGGUGCCCAGGAUCCUGUCAUCCCUUCCGGCCUGUCGGACGGUCUUGCCGUCGGUGAGAUGUUUCCGUACAAUUUUCAGCCCAUCGCCUUCAUGCCACACAGCGGCGUCCUAAAUGGCGGCGGCAUCACCGACCACGCCAGAUAUAGCGGCGGCUUUGUAAACACCGGCGGCGUCAGCGGCGGCCUCCAUGGCGGCAGCCCCAUCUGUACGGAGUGCACGCUCGGCACCGACGGCGCGACGUCGCCGCCUCUGCACCCGCUACCACUGCCGCAACGGCAUCGUGCCGUACAUCUGGGUUAUCACCCCCAGCCAGAGACCGGCCCUCCGGGGUCAAACCAGGAGGCCGCCGCCGCCGCCGCCCAGAGGCUCGUACAAGCACUGUGUCCUCCUCAGCUACGAGGCGGCCGCGACACCGCGGGCCCCCCCCCCACCGGCGGUCACAGCGGCUCUCGGUCCGGCGCGGUCAGCAGCAUCUGGGGCUUCGGAGGAACGCUGGGGGUGUACGGCAAUAUGGGUUUCGUACAGUCGCUGGAUAAUCCUUUGCUUGAGGUCACAGCUUCAGCGGUCGUACGGCGUAAGCGACGAUGGGCAAACUGUACCAACUCGGCCAAAUCGGUAUACGGGAGGGACAGCUGCUCCUACAGGGAUCAUGGAGUCCAAUGGGCGGGGUUGUGGCAAGGGUCUCGUGGGCCGGCUGCUGUGUGGCUGCCUGGGGUGAUCCUGGGCAAGGAUGUCCAGAGGAGCCUGGCCAAUGCCAGAGGCAGUGCCUCAGUCAUAAUGAACCAACAGAACACGAACAUCUAA